GCCCUCUAAUUUGUUUGGCGUUGAGGAGGAAAUAAAUUUGAUUUCCCUUGUCCCCUUGCCACGCAGUGGCAGUCGCAGGUCAGCUACUGCUUCCAGCUCGGAGGCCUACUGGACAGGCUGAACGCGUACGAGUACCUGUACCUGGUCGGCCGACUACGAGGCAUCCCUGAAUGCGAAUUGAAGCCCAUGGUGGACAGCAUCAUAUCGGUCGUUGACCUCGACGAGCACGCGUCGAAGGAGUGCGGCGUGUACAGCGGAGGCAACCGCCGAAAGUUGUCCAUUGGCACCGCUCUGCUGGGCCUGCAGCCGUUCGUGUUUCUGGACGAGCCGUACGCAGGCGUGGAUGUCGUGUCCCGAAACAAGAUCUUCAGGGCCAUCGCGGAGGUCAAGAAACGCACGCAGACUACCUUCAUACUUACGUCACACAACAUGGACGAAUGCGAGUUUUCAUGCGACCGGAUCACCAUCAUGGUCAACGGCCAAGCGACGUGUCUGGCCACGCUGCAGCGCCUGCGGGAAAAGUUUGGCCAGGGCUACCGACUCGAGUUCCUGCUCAAGCACACGGCGGCGGCAGACGCGCCCAACCUCAAGAAAGCUGUGGCAGAAAUCUUCCCCAAAGCCCAGCUCAAGGACGACAACAAGAAUCUGCUCGGCUACCACCUGAUGGAGCGAAUACCUUGGAGUGAGCUGUUCACCAAGGUGGGGCAACUCCAGCAAGAUUUCCCCAUUGAACACGUCCUGGUCGGGGAGAACACCCUCCAAGACAUCUUCUUGAACUUUGCCAGAUUCCAGGGAUCUCCCUCUCUUCCUGGUGGUUUCGCUUAACUAGACCUUGGUAAAAGAGUGUUGAGCAGCAGGGCCAUGUCCAGCGUUUAGACACAACAUGGGCUGCUGCAAGUUGCUUCGCGAGGCAAGCAAUAAAGGCCUUUCUGA